AUUGGGUUACAACCCAUUUAUGGACUCAGCUGAGUGGAGAUAUCAGUGUCGACGUUAGAGCUGCCUACUAUUCUUAGGUGACUCUCCAGCCGGGCUGUGCAGAGGCUAAGGGAGACCAGUGCACCAAUCCCAGGAUGGCUUACAGCGUGACCCUCACGGGCCCAGGACCCUGGGGCUUCCGGCUGCAGGGGGGCAAGGACUUCAACAUGCCACUCACCAUCUCUCGGAUCACUCCUGGCAGCAAGGCAGCCCAGUCUCAGCUCAGCCAGGGGGACCUUGUGGUGGCCAUUGAUGGCGUGAACACGGACACCAUGACCCACCUGGAGGCCCAGAACAAGAUCAAGUCAGCUAGCUACAACCUGAGCCUCACCCUGCAGAAGUCAAAGCGCCCCGUUGCCCUCUCUACCUCAGCUCCUCGGAUUGAGUCUCCGAUGCCGGUGAUUCCCCAUCAGAAGGUUAUAGCCAACUCUCCUGCCAAUGCAGAGUACCAGGAACGUUUCAAUCCCAAUGCCCUGAAGGACUCUGCCCUGUCAACCCACAAGCCCAUCGAGGUCAAGGGGCUUGGGGGCAAGGCCACCAUCAUCCACGCCCAGUACAACACGCCCAUCAGCAUGUACUCCCAGGACGCCAUCAUGGAUGCCAUUGCCGGCCAGGCCCAAGCUCAGGGCAGCGAGUUCAGCGGUAACAUCCCCGUUAAAGAUCUUGCAGUAGACAGUGCUUCCCCCGUGUAUCAGGCUGUGAUUAAAAACCAGAACAAGCCUGAAGAUGAAGUGGACGAGUGGGCGCGCCGCUCCUCCAACCUGCAGUCUCGAUCCUUCCGCAUCCUGGCUCAGAUGACGGGCACGGAAUACAUGCAAGAUCCCGAUGAAGAGGCCCUGAGGAGAUCAAGCGGAAAGGACAGUUCGAAGGAGUCAGCGGGAAGAAGUACCCCCAUCGAGCAUGCUCCAGUGUCUACCAGCCAUGCCUCUGCUCCGCCGCCAGCUUCUGCCCAUCCGCCUGCUACUGCCGCUGCCAGCCCAGCCUGCCCAGCGUCACCCCCAGCUGCCUCCACCGCCUCUGUCUCUGCUGACAGCCUCUCGCCUGCUUUCCAAAGGGUCCUUAGCUCUUCCUAUUCCCCGGCGGCUUCAGCAUCCCAUGCUCCUGCCAAUUACAAUGAAGCUCCUGCCACUGCUCCAAAGCCCCGGGUGGUCACCACCGCCAGCAUCCGGCCUUCAGUCUACCAGUCAGUACCAGCAAGCAGCUAUAGCCCAGCGCCAGGCACCAACUACAGCCCAGCUCCGGGAGCAACCUACAGUCCAGCUCCUGCUUACACCCCAUCUCCAGCCCCGGCCUACACUCCAUCCCCUGCCCCGGCUUACUCCCCAUCCCCAGCCCCUUCUUAUAACCCUUCUCCAUAUAGCCCAGCCCCAUCAGCAACCUACAGCUCUGGCCCAGCGGAGCCAGCUAGCCGCCCACCAUGGGUGACUGAUGACAACUUCUCCCAAAAGUUCUCCCCUGGGAAGACCACCACCUCGAUCAGCAAGCAGAUCCUUCCCCGGGGUGCUCCCGUGCCAGGCUAUACACCUGCUGGCACCCAGGUACCCACAUUAGCCCGAGGCACCAUCCAGAGAGCUGAACGCUUUCCGGCCAGCAACCGCACUCCUCACUGUGGACACUGUAACAGCAUCAUCCGGGGUCCCUUCCUGGUUGCUAUGGGUCGCUCCUGGCACCCAGAAGAAUUCAACUGUGCCUACUGUAAGACCUCUCUGGCUGACAUGUGCUUUGUGGAGGAGCAGAAUAAUGUGUACUGUGAGCGCUGCUAUGAGCAGUUCUUUGCCCCACUGUGUGCCAAGUGCAACAACAAGAUCAUGGGGGAAGUGAUGCAUGCUUUGAGACAGACUUGGCACACCACUUGCUUUGUCUGCGCGGCCUGUAGGAAGCCUUUUGGCAAUAGUCUCUUCCACAUGGAGGAUGGGGAGCCCUACUGUGAGAAAGAUUACAUCAAUUUGUUUAGCACCAAGUGUCACGGCUGCGACUUCCCCGUGGAAGCUGGAGACAAGUUCAUUGAGGCGCUGGGACACACUUGGCACGACACUUGCUUCAUCUGUGCUGUCUGUCAUGUGAAUUUGGAGGGGCAGCCCUUCUACUCCAAGAAGGAUAAGCCGCUCUGCAAGAAACACGCUCAUGCCGUCAACGUCUAAAAAGAAGCUAGCCGCCCCUGGCAUCGGAGGAAGACUCCAUGGCCAGCCCUGUUAACUACCAAAAAAAGGAUAAAUCAUGAUGGAAAACUUUUCUUUCUGAGGGGGAGGGAGAGGAGUUCGGAAGCCCCCAAGAUCUUUUGAAGUACAAUUUUAGUCCUUCUAAUGUACACAGAACAUGCAUUUGCCUCAUUCUGACCAGAAGCCAACCCAAGUCUCUCCCUCGAGGGGCUGGUAAUUAAUCCAAGACUGGAAUGGUACUUCAAAAACUGAGGACACAAUUGUGAGCACUCCAGAGGACGAAACUAAAAGCAACUUUUCCUAAGAAAUACAAAUAUGCUCUUGAAUAAGCUCAGCAAAGUAGCCAUUAGAGUUCUGGCCAUUCCUUUGCUGGCAUUUCACAAGAGCCCAGCGUCCUUUCGAAGAGCCCUCUAGUCUGCAGCUACAACUGGCAGAAGGAAAAACAAAAAGCCAGAUGCCAAAAAAAGUUCCAGUUGUAGCAUAUUUUUAGGCCUGGAGCUGGUAGUUUGUAAAGUAAGACAGAUCCAGGCGUUCCUCACCAAAAAAGGAAGCAUUAUUCCAUUAUUAAUACAAUGGUGCUAACUCCCAGAGCAUCAAACUAGAGGCCUUUAAAUAAACCAGUUUGAAGCAUUCUCCACACCAUGAAGGGUGAUGAAGAAUAAAAAUAAUUGAGUGCCAAUUCAAAAGAAAGGGGUUGUAGCCUAGGAGAGCCUGGGACAUUGGAAAGGAUAACACAAGUAGGGACGCCCCUCUACUCAGCACAACGUUAAGAAAAGUGAAGUUCUUCAGCUCAACUAUUUUGGUCUUAGACACCCAGUGUCCAUAAAAGUGCCCAUCUCAUAUUCAAAUUGGGAUGGAAAAAUGGCAUGGGGGUCCCCCAAACUUAUUCCUUGGUGGAAGAGGGAAGGGGAUGGAGAGGACUUUGUGUAGUUUUUCAAUGCUGUUUCUGUUUUGAGAGCUUUUUUGGAAUGAUGAUGUUCCUGGGUCAGGAUUCCCAUGGUCCUUCAAAUGAUUGAAGUCUUUAUCAGACCCCUCCCUUGUCAGGGUGAGAGAAACAACCUUGAUUCAUCAGUACUGGGAAGGAGCAAAGAUGGAAUGUAGAAAUGAAUAGGAUGGCAGAAAGGACUUCCCAACCCAUAGGGCGAAGGGAGCCUUCAUUUCUGCCAAAUCCAUUGAAGAUGGAGGGCACAGGUCAUGGACUGGUGGUGUUUCACAGUUAUAUCUGGUACCACUUCAAUCAGUCCCCCUACAUGGGACACAUUCUUUAGCCAAUGGUCUUGUCUGCUGAUAAGAAAAAAGGAUAGCACAAUAUUUACUGAAUUGCUCAUCUGUCUUGCUGGCUAACAUUUUUACAAUGUCUUCUGCUUUGAGUUGUGCUAGAAAAAUUUAAACUUAACCUCGAUAGUCAAUAUAGCAAGUAUUUAUUGAAAUAGCCUUUGAAAUCAUCCGAAUUCCUUAACUAAUGACAACAAUGAGCUAAUAUGCCAAGCAAUCAUUUUUAGGCUAUUUCUGCGAGUAGAAGUAAAAAAGUAAGAGUGUGAUUUCUGAGGAUGACAUUUUCAUUUUUCAUUCCUUUUUUAGCAAGCGAUAUUGUUUUACUCAUUGACAAAGCGUAUUUCCAGUUUGAAUGGCUUAUUUCUCUUCCUUAAGCAUGAUCAGGUGGAGUUUUUUGCAUCCUACUGCUAACUCCUGCAUCUUCCUUUUGAGGAUUUUUUGCUUCCCUUUUGCCCAUUUGAUAUAUUUUAUAAUAAUGAAGAAGUUCCAGUUCUCCCCUGGAAACUGAUAUUUGUAGGGUAAAGUGCCUUAAGUAUGUAAGCUGAGGAUGCUAACAGAUGGUCAUGGAUUUUGAACUUUAUUUCCAUGGACCUCCAUGAAGCCAUCCAUUCUCCUCCCUUCUUUAAAAAUCAAAUACGGGGGCAGCUAGGUGGCGCAGUGGUAAAGCACCGGCCCUGGAUUCAGGAGGACCUGAGUUCAAUUCCGGCCUCAGACACUUGACACUUACUAGCUGUGUGACCCUGGGCAAGUCACUUAACCCUCAUUGCCGCGCAAAAAAAAAAAAAAUCAAAUAGACAAGGACAAAAACAAUUGCUAAAACAUCCAGACUGCACUUUCAAAUGGCCAACAUAUCUGUUAGGGUACCACAGAAAGCUGGGAAGAAUCUUUGAAAUGAUUUAGUCUAACCCUUGAUUUUACAAAAAAAAGGGAAAUGAAGCUCAAACCAAAAAAGUGACAUGCCCAAAGAUGCCCACCUAAGGGGCGGAGCUCAGAUCUUCUGAGACAUACGGUCAGAGUCCAAACUGAAAGGGAUUGGAGAGGUCAGAGAUUUCAAUCUCAACAUCUUUCAGAUGUGGAUUUACUGAAGGUCACAGAGGUCAUAAAUGCCAGAGUCAGGAUUUGAACUCAAAUUUUCUGAUCCCAAAUCCAGCAUUCUUUCCAAUGCUUCUUCUUUGGACCCCACAUCUAGUGUUCUUUCCACUGCAUCACACAUAAGCCAUCUUUCACUGCUUCACAAAUUUCCUAGUGCCUGAUUUCAAGGGAAGAAAACAAUAGGAAAUCAGAGUUCCUUACAGCUAAAGAAUAUUAGAGCCCAUUUAAAGUUUUUUUUUGCUUCCUUUUUUUGGUUGGAAAUUGACAAAGAGAGUGAAAAGCCUUAAAAAGGAACUUUGGGGAAAUCAGUUUUGCUGUUACUUUUAGGCUGUUGUAGACAGUUGAGAUCACAUGUGCUCGCAAUUUUAAAGUUGACAGAAAAAAAAAGAAGUCUCUUAAAGUUCAGUCCUUCAGGGGUCAUUAAGUUAGGUACAAUGUUUUGUUUAAGGUUAUCUAUUACUUUGGUUAAUUGCAUGAAUGCCUAUAGUGAGGAAUCACACUUCUGAGUCAACAUAAGGCAGUAUACUUUGGAUUGGAAAUCUUUUGUCUCCUUAGAAUAGACAUCUGUUUAACAUUUCUAAACAUUAACUUUAGCAACAGAGUGAUUUGUGUCUGCAGUGAUGUGCUAGGAAUCUAGCUUUUAUAAUGGUUUUUUUUUUCAUCCUGAAUGCCUUUGCUUUUGAAUUUUUUAAGAAAAAGUUUCUAUUUAUUAGCUCAGAAGUGGAAUGUCGUGCCGUUUAUUAGGGGUGUGUGCCAAUAUAUUUUGCAUGGAGGUUUUGCGCCAACCAAUGUGAAUCAAACAUUGUCACAAAAUAAAAUGAUGAAAAAGGAUGUGCAAAAA